AUGCUAGCUAUGGAUAGAAACAUUUCUAUAUUACAUACUAUGAAUUCAGAUAUAGAUAAUAAUUUAACUGUAUCUUCAAUUGAUAGUAAUGAUGCAAGACAAAUUCAUAAUGCUAUUUAUAUGACAGAAAAUUUGGCUGAAUCACAACAUCUUGUUCCACAGAAAAGAAUUGAUAGAAAAGAUUAUCACAAAUAUAAUUUUAUAGAUCGUAGUUUAGAGAAAAUAAAAUUUUAUUGUGGUGGAUAUACAAGAUAUUUAAUAUUAUUAUUAUCAGUUUUAUGUAUGACUGCAGCAAGAAGUAAUGAAUUAGCAUUUAAUUUUAAUGUCAUAUGUAUGACUUCAAAUCAUUCAUUAUCUGAUUUGCAUGAACCUAUUGAAAUGACACCAAAUGAGAUGUCUGCAAUAUUUGCAGGUGGUGGUAUUGGUGCAAUAAUUAUGGUUAUUCCGGUUGUAUAUGCAAUUCAUCACCUUGGAGCAUUAACAGUUUUUUCAAUACUAUUAAUAUUAUCAUCUGUUGCUACAAUAUUAAUGUCAUUUGUUGCAAGAAUUGAUGUUUUAUAUAUGGUUCCAGCACGUAUAAUACAAGGGUUAGCAAUGGCUUCAGUUAUGCCAAUGAUGGGUGUAGUCUCAGCUAACUGGGCACCAUUAAAAGAAAUAGGAAAUUUUAUGACAUUAUUAUCAUCAUCAGGACAACUUUCACAACUUUUAACAAUGCCAAUGGCAGCACAUUUAUGUGUUGAAAAAGGAUGGGCCUCAGUAUUUCAUGCUCAUGGAUUUAUUUCAUUAUCACUGGUGAUACUUUUUGUUAUUUUUUUUAGAGAAUCACCAAGAAAACAUCCAUUAGUUGGAAGAGAAGAAAGAGAUUAUAUAACUGAAGGUUUAAAAAAACCUAAUAAAAAAGAUCGAACAAUACCAUAUGGUAAAAUAUUUAGAUGUAAAGCUAUAUGGGGUAUAUGGAUAUCAUUUUUGGCAAGUUCAUUUGGUUUUCAAGUAUUUUUACAAUUUAUGCCAACAUAUUUAAAUAAAGUAUUACAUGUACCAAUACAUCAAACAGGAUUUAGUGCAAUAAUUCCAGCAAUAUGUCAAUUAGUAGCUAAAUUAAUAGUUGGUGUACUUUCAGAUAAAAUAACAUUUAUUUCUGAACGUUUAAAAUUACAAUUAUUUAAUACAAUUGCAUUAGUUGGAUGUGCAUCAUUUCUUUUACCACUUGGAUUUCUUCAUCAUUCACAAUCAUCAUUAGCUUUAUUUCUUUUUACAGCAGCAAUAAGUUGUCUUGGAUUAAUUGCUGUUGGUGCCAUGAAAUCAGCAACACUCGUUGCCAGAAGUUUUACACAUUUUGUAAUGGCUAUAAUUCAAUUAGUUAAUUGUAUUGGAAUGCUUUUAAUUCCAAUCAUUGUAUCAUAUUUUGCUCCAAAUAAUACAAUUGAAGAAUGGAGAAAUGUUUUUAUUGUUAUAUUUAUUAUACUUAUUCUUGGAAAUGGAAUUUUUGUUUCUAUUUGUUCUGCUACACCUGAGUCAUGGGCAUUUAUGAGAACAGAAUCACAACCACAAUCUAUUCUAAAAGGCCAAUUGAAAUGUUUUAUUCAAAAACAAAAUAAUCUUAAAGAAGAAAUAUAG